ACAACCCUCAAUUUCGCCGCACCUCAUAGCUCCAGUCCGGGUAACGUUAACAUUCCAUCGCCUCCACCACACUUCAACUCUCCAAACCAAAAAAAUGCCCGGAUCCUCCCUCUGGCUCCUCCCCCCAAAAUCCCACCCCCUCAACUCCAUCCUCACCACCUGCAUUCAAAAAGCCUCCUCUCACUUCUCCUCCCCCCACCUCUUCACCCCCCACAUAACCCUAACCUCCUCCAUCCCUUCCUCGGUCCACUCACCCGAUCCCCAGAAUUGGCUCGACAGCCUUCCCCUCUUCGGCGACCCUCCCACCAGCGUCGAGGUCAACUUCACGCACCUGGAAAGCCAAGAUGCCUUUUUCAAGAAGCUGUAUAUCAGCAUUUUGAAGGAGGAGGGGUUGAUUGCCAUUGCGAAGAGGACGAGGAGGUGCGUGCCCGGGUGGGAGGAUGAGGGGGAGGCGGAGAGGUGGGCGGUGGAGGAGUGGGUGCCGCAUUUGAGUUUGUUGUACCACAAUUGCCCCAAGAUAUCGAUCGAGGAGAUUGAAAAGGUUAAGCAGAUGGUGAUGGAUGCUGGGGUGAGUUUCACGUGGAAUGAUGACUUGAGUGGUUGGACAGGAGGGAGAGUGGUGCUGGUGCCAACGGAUCGACCGAUUGAGGAGUGGGAACCGAUCGCAGAGAGGGAGAUUUAGUCCUUCCGCCUACUCACCAACUGAAAAUUUGCUCCGAGAAUUGUAGACUCUGACGAGACAUGAACGUAAGCUAGACCGUGUGCGAAGUGCUUCAUUCU